CCGGCCCACCAGGGGCAAAAACAAUCCGAAAUCCGGACGCGUCGUUCUCAGUGUGUGUGCGCUCGCCCUCCCCUUCUCUCUCUUCCCCCCCCACCCCCGCUUCUCUGAAAUUGACGCCCCAAGGGGGAGCGAUCGGAAGAAGAUCGAGAUCACGCAUCCGAUUGCCUCGUGUUUCCUAAUAUCUGCGGGGGCUCGAGCCCUGCCAUUCCGGCGGCAGGGAUGGAUUAGAGAUCUCUGAAUGGAGGAACCCGAGAGGACUGGAUCGCAGACGGCCUGCUGUGAUUUACCCUCCUUGGGGAUGAACAGAGUGGCUCCUGGUCGCUGACAACUCCAGCAUUCACUGCAGGAUGGCCCAGCUCAUCCAUGCCCUUUGGAGCCUGUGCAUCACCACUGUCCUUGUCACCUCAGCCACACAAGCGGGCCUAAGCCGAGCUGGCUUACCUUUUGGCCUGGUUCGGCGGGAACUGGCAUGCGAGGGCUAUCCUAUUGAGCUGCGUUGCCCAGGCAGUGAUGUCAUCAUGGUGGAGAAUGCUAACUAUGGUCGCACAGAUGACAAGAUCUGUGAUGCUGACCCCUUCCAGAUGGAGAAUGUCCAGUGCUACCUGCCGGACGCCUUCAAAAUCAUGUCCCAAAGGUGCAAUAAUCGGACACAGUGUGUAGUGGUGGCUGGCUCAGAUGCUUUCCCGGACCCUUGCCCUGGCACCUACAAGUACUUGGAGGUCCAAUACGACUGUGUCCCCUACAUAUUCGUUUGCCCAGGGACGCUGCACAAGAUCCUGGAACCUACCUCGGCCCAUGAAUCAGAGCACCAGUCUGGAGCUUGGUGCAAGGAUCCUCUUCAAGCUGGAGACCGAAUAUAUGUCAUGCCUUGGAUCCCAUACAGGACAGACACCUUGACAGAGUAUGCUUCAUGGGAAGACUAUGUAAGUGCCCGGCAUACCACCACAUAUCGCUUACCCAACAGAGUCGAUGGCACCGGCUUUGUGGUGUACGAUGGAGCAGUCUUCUACAAUAAAGAGCGGACACGCAAUAUUAUCAAGUAUGAUCUGCGGACACGGAUUAAAAGUGGAGAAACGGUUAUCAAUACAGCCAACUAUCAUGACACUUCACCCUACCGCUGGGGUGGCAAGACUGACAUUGACUUGGCUGUUGAUGAAAAUGGGCUAUGGGUCAUUUAUGCCACUGAAAGCAACAAUGGACGGUUAGUGGUAAGCCAGCUCAAUCCUUACACUCUACGCUUUGAAGGCACAUGGGAAACUGGCUAUGACAAACGCUCGGCAUCCAAUGCUUUCAUGGUGUGUGGAGUCCUCUAUGUGGUACGGACAGUCUACGUGGAUGACGACAGUGAGGCCGCAGGGAACCGUGUCGACUAUGCCUUCAAUACUAACAUGAAUCGUGAAGAACCAAUCUCUCUGACCUUUCCUAAUCCUUACCAGUUCAUCUCUUCCAUUGACUAUAACCCCCGUGAUAAUCAGCUUUAUGUAUGGAAUAAUUAUUUUGUUCUGCGUUACUCUCUUGAGUUUGGUCCACCUGAUCCUAGCACUGGCCCAGUCACCUCAACACCACUCAGCACGACAACCACUAUUCGUCCCACCACUGUCACCAGCACAAUAUCGCCUGCUGUUACAACCACUCGACAGCCACCCCUUACAACCCACCCUAUAGGUGCCAUAAAUCAGAAGGGUACAGAACUGCACACAGUCACUGCCAUAAUGCCCAGUACCCGCCGCCCACCAGCAAACAACCAGCACAUCUUUCCAGAACUCUUCUGUGAAGCAAAGGAGGUGAGGCGUGUCCAGUGGCCAGCCACACAACAAGGCAUGCUGGUGGAAAGGCCUUGCCCAAAGGGCACGAGAGGUAUUGCUUCUUUCCAAUGCCUUGCUACUCUUGGUAUUUGGAACCCACGAGGGCCUGAUCUCAGCAACUGCACAAGUCCUUGGGUCAACCAGGUGGCCCAAAAGAUCAAGAGUGGAGAGAACGCAGCCAAUAUUGCUACCGAGCUUGCCCGACAUACGCGUGGUGCCAUCUACGCUGGAGAUGUUAGUUCCUCUGUCAAAUUAAUGGAGCAGCUCUUAGAUAUCUUGGAUGCUCAGCUGCAGGCCCUGCGUCCAAUAGAGAGGGAGUCAGCUGGCAAAAACUACAACAAGAUGCAUAAGAGAGAAAGAACCUGCAAAGACUAUAUCAAGGCUGUGGUGGAGACGGUGGACAACCUCCUGCGUCCAGAGGCCCUGGAAUCAUGGAAGGACAUGAAUGCCACAGAGCAGGUGCACACUGCCACCAUGCUGCUUGAUAUCCUAGAAGAGGGAGCUUUCCUUCUGGCGGACAACGUCAAAGAACCAGCCCGUUUUGUCACUGCUAAGAAUAACGUUGUGUUGGAGGUCUCUGUGUUAAAUACAGAAGGGCAAGUGCCAGAUAUUGUGUUCCCACACGAAUAUACUACCAGAAACUCAAUCCAGCUAUCAGCCAACACAAUCAAGCAGAACAGUCGUAAUGGAGUGGUCAAAGUUGUUUUCAUCCUCUACAAUAAUUUGGGAUUUUUCCUCUCUACGGAGAACGCCACAAUCAAGCUUGGAAGUGAAGUUGGUCCACUUAGCCCCUCACUUGUUGUCAAUUCCCAAGUUAUCGCUGCCUCCAUCAAUAAGGAAUCUAGUCGUGUCUUCCUUAUGGACCCUGUCAUCUUUACUCUCUCCCACCUGGAGGACAAGAAUCACUUCAAUGCCAAUUGCUCUUUCUGGAACUAUUCGGAGCGUUCCAUGAUGGGAUACUGGUCCACCCAGGGCUGCCGACUGAUGGAGACCAACAAGACCCACACCACCUGUGCUUGCAGUCACCUCACCAAUUUCGCUGUCCUCAUGGCACACCGCGAAAUUUAUCAGGGCCGCAUCAACGAACUUUUGCUGUCUGUCAUCACAUGGGUGGGCAUUGUGAUUUCUCUGGUCUGCUUGGCCAUUUGCAUAUCCACCUUUUGUUUCCUCCGUGGGUUGCAAACUGACCGCAACACCAUCCACAAGAACCUCUGCAUCAAUCUCUUCAUGACUGAGCUCCUUUUUCUUAUUGGAAUUGACAAGACGCAGUAUGAGAUUGCCUGCCCCAUCUUUGCUGGGCUGCUGCACUAUUUUUUCCUGGCAGCAUUCUCCUGGAUGUGCCUGGAGGCCAUUCACCUUUACCUCAUGCUGGUUGAAGUCUUUGAAAGCGAGUAUUCCCGUAGGAAAUACUACUACCUGGGUGGCUAUUGUUUUCCUGCCCUGGUAGUGGGAAUUGCUGCCGCUAUUGACUACCGCAGCUAUGGCACUGAAAAGGCUUGUUGGCUUCGAGUUGAUAACUACUUCAUCUGGAGUUUCAUUGGACCUGUUUCUUUUGUUAUUGGGAUCAAUCUUGUAUUCCUCAUGAUCACUCUGCACAAGAUGAUCCGCAAUACAUCCGUCCUCAAGCCUGAUUCCAGCCGACUGGACAAUAUCAAGUCUUGGGCACUUGGAGCCAUUACUCUGCUUUUUCUCCUGGGCCUCACCUGGGCCUUCGGCCUCCUCUUUAUCAACAAGGAGUCUAUUGUCAUGGCCUACCUCUUCACUACCUUCAAUGCUUUCCAGGGCAUGUUCUUCUUUGUUUUUCAUUGUGCACUGCAGAAAAAGGUGCACCGCGAGUUCAGCAAAUGCCUGCGACAUGCAUCCUGUUGCCUCCGGAGCCAACCAGGUGCCACACUAGGCUCCCUCAAGACCUCAGCUAUCCGCAGCAACAACCGUUACUACUCUGGAACACAGAGCCGAAUCCGGAGAAUGUGGAAUGAUACUGUGAGGAAACAGACUGAGUCCAGUUUCAUGGCAGGUGAUCUCAACAGCACUCCGACACUUAACCGAGGUACAAUGGGAAACCACCUGUUGACCAACCCCGUGCUGCAGACACGGGGCGGGAGCAGUCCCUACAACACACUCAUUGCUGAGUCUGUGGGCUUCAACCCUGCCUCACCCCCUGUCUUCAACUCUCCAGGGAGCUUCCGAGAGUCCAAGCACCCCCUGAACAACAGCCGAGACGCUUGUGGCAUGGACACCCUCCCGCUCAAUGGCAACUUCAAUAACAGCUACUCCCUCCGCAGUGGUGACUUCUCCGCCGAGGGUACCAAGAUGGCUGAUUGUCGACGAAACCUGAGUGAUGCUGCGGCCUUUGAAAAAAUGAUCAUCUCUGAGCUGGUGCAUAACAACUUGAGAGGGGGAGGCAGUGUGGCAGUCAAGGGAGGCGGGGGCUCCACUGAGACCUCCAACCCCCCUGGGCCUCCUCCCCCUCCCAAUGUAGUAGCAGGGGGAGGGGGAACCAACAAUGAGGAUGACGCCAUUGUGCCUGAUGCCCCUUCCUUGACACAUGAGGAGAACAUGGAAAUUGAACUUAUGUAUAAGGCCUUAGAGGAGCCACUCUUGCUUCAGAGGGCACAGUCCAUCCUCUACCAGAGCGACCUGGAGGAGUCAGAAAGCUGCACAGCUGACCUGACAGAGGGGGGUGACGGCCAAGUUCCUUCACCCAACAGGGACUCAUUAUACACCAGUAUGACCAAUCUGAGGGACUCCCCGUAUCCGGACAGCAGCCCUGAGGCAGUUGGGGAAGUGCUUCCUCAUGCCCAAGCCAUCAAUGAGAUCUACUAUACCAACCGGCCAGCCUUGGUGCCACGCAACCAGCUCCAGGCCUACUACCAAGUCCGGAGACCCAGCCAUGAUGGGUAUUUGGUCCCAGCAAGCUUAGAGAACCCUGCAGUGGAGGGAGAUGGCCAAAUGCAGCUGGUGACCAGCCUUUGAGGGGCUGACAAGGGACUUAAGGGACCAUACCUCCUAACCCCAACAUGGCAUCCUUGCUGUGACCUGAACAUUUUCAUUUUUUGCUGGAGAAAUGGUGGGGAAGAAGAGAAUGGAGCAGGCUGGGGGAUGAGUGGAAGAGAGAAGGUGGAAGAAAGAGUGGAAGGCAGAGGUCUUCUCCAAAGGGAUGGGUAGCCAUUUCAUCCAGUUAUCUUUCCAUCCACUUCGUUUUCCAGACAGAAAGUGAGACAUUGCCGAUUAGACGAUCUCAUUUCCUUUUCCAGGCAAAUGCAAUGGAGGAAAGAGAGCAGUAUCUAGGCAAGAAGAUCAGACUUAUGACUAUACCUCCUAGAAAAUGGAGAAGGAACAAUAGAUUGAGAAAGUUUGAAAGUUGAAAAUUAAUUUUUAUUGCUUCAAUAAUCAAAGCCAUGAGGGUGCCAUGUGCAGAGAAUGGGGCACAUGGAGAAAUACCCUGCACCCACUCUCCACCCUCCCUUUAUUGGCUUCUUUUCAACACCAAGAAAACAUGAACAAAAAGGCAUACGGCCUUCUUAGGGUUUAGAUGCUGCCAAUGGCCACCACCCUGCCCUAUGUCAUAGGGAAAGGUACACGUGGGGGGGAAAGGAAGGAGUUGUUCAGUUGAUGCUAAGACCACAACUGGCCUUCCAGCAUUUGUUGGAAAGCCCACAGGUUAUCAGUGGGAUUUCUAUUGGCUCCUUAUUUGUUGCCUCUGAGUGGCAAGACUGCAGGGAAAAAAAUGAUCUUCCUUUUUUUCCCCUUUGUCUUUUUAAAGCUACAUAGAUGUACUUAAGCUGCAGCAUUGCUUCUGGGGAAGAAGGAGGAAGUAGCACUAAGCUGGCUUAUUUUCAUUUUUGCUUUACUUUUUGUUGCCACAUUUAAUGGUCAUUCCCCCUUUUAAUUUCUUUUCUGUGGCCACCAAGCUUGAAAUCAUACAAAAUACAGAUGAGGAGGGAUGGCAUUGAGGGCAACUGUCAACUGGGUCGAUCCCUCAACCCAAUCUACCGUGUUCCUUCUCCAACACUUUAAGAAGAAUCACCUUCCUUCUCUUUCAUUCCUGCCUGUGAAGAUGCAAAAGCAAAAAUCAGGAGUACUUGCAAUGCAAAUAUGGCUGCCAUCCGAACAUAUUUGGGACCAUGCAGGGAGAAUGAGUGUUGAACUUUCCCCGCCCCCCCCCCCCCCCCCCCCAACCGGUGGGGCUGUGGCUUUCCAACAAACGAAGAAAAACAAAACAAAAAAACCAACCCAGACUGCACUUUUUUUCCCCAAAGGAAGAAAUAGCAAAUCUCCCUCUUCAAGCACAACUCCGACUUUUCUCAGCAGCUCUUGUGACGGGAGAGCCAGAGGAGGGACCGGUCUCACCUAGAGGCACCAUAUCUCUGGCGGGCGGUGGGCAGGGUGAACAAGGGGGAAGGGAUAUCAGUUGAAAUGCUGUAAAUAGGAGAUCCUCAAAACAACAACCAAGAAUUGAUUUACUCACUUGAAAAAAGGAAAACUACAAACCAAGGAACUUUUUCUGUCUGGGUUUGAAAUAUAUAUCUAUAUCUAUAUCCCGAUAUAUAUAGAUAUAUAGCACUCCGCUCUGCUCUGGCCCAUAUGUGUAUAUGGGAGCGUUCAAGAGGAAAGAAAACCCCUGCUUUGAUGAAGACAGUGGGGGGGUGGAGCUUACCAAGAGCAGAUUUUUACAAUCAAUGGGGAAAAAAAAAACAUUUUGGCACAAUUUUUAUGUAAUAUAUAACAUAUACUGCGUCAUUUCUGUGACCUUGAAGCAUUUUCCCUUUCCUUCCAGAUGAGGUACUUUUUUCAUACAUCCUGAUGAAGUUGGUUAUUUUCUCAUUAACUGACACUUUGCAACUGUGGGUGGGUGGGGAAAAAUCAAAGUUUUUACCGCAAGACCCAAAGAUGCUGUAGUUCUGCAACGCUGUAGGUGCCAGGAAAAUCCUUUGCUUUUAGAAAUUUUAGUAGCAGGGGUGGGCAGAAUUGCAUUUCAUUUCCUUUUUUUUUUUUUUUAAAGGAACCACACUGCGCGUAUUUAUUUGAACCAUCCAGGCUAGCAUUUGCCAGGUGACAUUCUAUCAAAAAAGGGAAGUGAUGUGUGGUUUCACUGGCCAGAGCCUCAAAGCAUUCAGUGUUUUGGUUUCGUUUUGUUUGGCUUUUGAUCCUCUGAGAGCUGGUAGAUCAGUGACUGUUCAAAGCAAAAACAGAGAAUCAGCUCUUUUUAAGCAAGCUUUCUAGAUAGCUUGGGCUUUCUCUCUCAGCAUCAGCGAGGAAGAUGAACCAUCCUCCGGUGUCUUGUCCCUUUGUCUCUUACCUCACUGCCAAUAUUAAUGAACCAACCCCCCCUCCCAGUAAAUUACCACAUAGGAUCCUUUAGUUGCUUUGGAUUUCACCAGGAGACAAGUCUAAUCCCAAUGCAUUUGCAUUUUCAGUUCCUCAGUUUUCCCCUGGAGUGUGGCUUGACUAGAUCUUUCUAACAAACACUGGGGCACACCCCACAUAAACCCCACAAACUGUCCUUGAAUAAUUUGGGGGAAAAGAGAAACCAUGCUACAUGUCUUUUUCGACCAGUAACCCAAAUAUUGUGGAAGGUUAUCUGCCAGCAGCAACAAAACAUGUAAGUGAACUGCAUUCCAUAGCUUUACAUCUAAGAUAAAUAGACAGCUCUCUGGAGUGCAGAGCUUGGGCUGGUGUGUGUUCAAAUCAAGAGGAAUUAUGCAUAGCAGAAUUAGAUGGAAUAUUCCGCAUAAAACCUCCCCCCCCCCCACUGUUCCAGCUCACAGUAAUAGCCACACUCCUGUAUUAAGUCACAAUGAAACUGGCACUUAUUAAAGGUGUUCAAACAUCUUUUGCUUUAUAUCCAGAUCAUAAAUUCACAGGGCACAAGGGAAUGGAUAGCAGGGCUUUUUGUGCUGUUGUAUUACUCAUUGGUAUGGUGGCGCAAGAAAUGGAGAGGAUUGGCUAGGGUUGCUAAUAAACCCUUCAGAGUCCAAACUCCUUCUGCCACAAUUUUGAUUUUGCCCCCAAGUCAUUGUGUGAUUAAGUGAAAAUAAGGUCCACUUUCAUUUCCCUGUUCCAUCCACAACCUAUGGUUUUGAUCGGUCCCCUUCCAAUACCAAAUGGCCUUAUUCACCCCACAUCCCUUUGCUGCAUUGAUCCAAGGAAGGCUCUUGGUUCAGGAACCUCCUUGGCUUUUAUACCAAGAGGUACCUCCAUGCGGAAACCUCGCAUUAAAAGCAAAAUGAAAACAAAGAAACCAAAGACUGCCCUUGUUCUCCUUGGGAAGAGUUGAAGCUAUGAGGAUUGAGUUUCUGGCAGCCCAACAUAAAGCUUUGCACUUUCCUGCAUGUCAGGUGUUCAAGGUCCAUUCAGCUGGUGAAAUUUGGAGGAAAGAAGAAAUAAGGCAGAUGAGUUAGUAUCAGUGUUAUUGCAUGCACUUUUCUGGUAUCAGAGAAAAUGUGGGGAAAGGGGCUAUAUUGAUAGGAGCUGUGAUAAGGGGAUUGUAGGGUCCAGCUUCAAACAUUGUCAGCUUUAUACAGACAGGCAGCCUCUUCCUGUUCUCACAUUUGGAAUUUAACAUUGCCCCGUUCUUUGAAUGCUAGUUGCCUCCAUGCAAAACACUAAUGUUUUGAACUUGAACAAGCUAUAUAGACACAGAGACAGGUAUUUUAAAAUUAAGCUAAACAGAGAGGCCCCAAAAGUUCUUUAUAUUAAUGAGAAUGAGUAGAGAUACAACUAGCUGUAAGCAAACACGGGGGGGGGGGACGGAAUAGGGGCCAUAUGUCACUCAAUAUGACUGUCUAGAGCAGUGCUUUUCAACUUCAGCAGCUUUCUGAUGGGUGGAUGUCAACUCUCAGAAUUCCCACCCAAUGUAACAUACUGCCUGGGGGAAUUCUGGGAGUUGACGUCCACUCAUCUGAGUUGAGAAACACUAGUCUAAAGCUGCAAUAAUUUCAUGUAGGAAUAUGUGAGGAGAGGAGAUUAACAGCAUCACAAUGUCCCUGAUGUAACAAAGCAGUGCAAAUGGUGAGUUCUAGUUUAAUUGCCCAGUAGCAGAAUUUUUUAAAUGGUUUUGUUUUGCAUUUGGAAGGCAGGCCCAAGGAACAUAUCAACAAGCUGUGAGAAUCCAGAUAUGUGAUUUGCAGAAACUAGUUUUAAAGCAGACUGAGCUUAUUAUAAUUUAAAUGGAGGAUACCUCCAUGCUCAAUAUUUCAGAAGAUAACAUGCCUGGGCUGCAAUUAUAUUUCAACAUUACACCUCUUUAUUUAUAGUCACAUGUUAUAAUCUUUCUCCUCAGGCUUUUGAAGUUUCCCACUUCUUUGUUCUUACAGCUCUUGUAAGGGGGCGGGAGGGACAUAUAACAUCCAAAAUAACAUUAUGCUCUAAAUAGGGUUUUACCAUAGGUUGUAGAAUGGCACUGUGUUGCUUGCUGCUCCUCUAACACUGAAGUUGCUGGGGGUGGGGGUGAGGUUUACUGCCACAGCAAAGCUGAUACCAUUGUACUUUCCACCUUGAAUCCAAGACCUUGUGUAUGUGUGUCAUUAAGAUCUAUUAGCAGGUUGUAGAGAAUUGGUGGGUGAAUAUAAUUUCCCUCUGCCGUAAUGAUAUUACUUCUCUCAAAAUUGCAUUUAUUGGAAGAAUAUAAAGUUUUGCUUCUUAAGAUUUUUCCUGGGGAACCGCAUCAUUCAGAUGCCCUCGCCUCAUUCCAGCAACAUACACUAAAGAAGGACACCACUGAGUCCUGUUGUGCUGCUUCCAAAAAACUCAGUGUCAUUAAGUCCGAGGUCCUGGGUUGAGUUGGUCAGGGGGAGUGUCGUUAGCUUAGGUCUUGUGCAAAUUAAUAUAGUACAGAUACUGAAUUGUCAUGUCGUUGUACAGGAUCCCUCUUUACAUUUGUCUUUUUAUUUUAUAAUACUGAAAUCUCAUUCUGGAGGUCAUAGGAAGGAAUGAAAAAUAUCAAAUGUUUGAAGAAGAAAACCAGGAGAUAGGUAUCGCUCAUCAUCAGUGCUAGGAGACAGUAAUUGCUACUUACAUGCUGAUAGCCAGAGAGGGCAUAGGCUUCCUGAUGAGAGCCUGCCCAGCUUCCCAUUCAAGAAUUGUUUUAAAUGUCUCUGGUUGUUCUGUACAUGGCGUUCAUUUCUGCUUGCAAUCCAUUAAUUGAAGGGCCUGGACUACAGUUCUCUUUCUCUACACUUUUGUCUAAGACUUAUGCAAAUCCGUGAGCUCCACUCACUUUAGCAAAAGUAUUCUAUUCAGCUUUUCCAGAGCCAUUUCUUAAUCGCUGCCUUGGUGCAAUGCAAUCAGAUGUGCAAGUUGAUCCAAAUUGUCCCCCCUGGCCUUCAGGCCAGCAUAGCAUGGAGGACAUGGGCCAUUAUAUGGACUAUGUUCUCCAUUCUUCUGAAGAUGGGCGGGGAAGUCAGCCCUCACCAGCUACCCUGUUGUCUGCUCAUCAAGGCCAUCUCUGUUGUCUCUAAACCUGGCUGUCUGCAAGUCAACACAAGGGGCACAUAUGCAUAAGCUAGUUCAGGACAGCACUACCUCUAAGGCAACUUUAGAACUCAGACUCUGCUGCUCUAAAUAUCACUCUGAGCUUAAUCACUGGAAGCAGUGGCACACGGGCUCUGUUACCUUUUUGUGUGAGAGUGAAAUGCACUUCUUUCUCUGCUAGGAACUCUCAGGCUGCUUCCAAAGUCUUCAUACGUGAGACUGAAGGGUUAUUAUUUUGCAAAGUCCAUGCGAGGACAGCUAUAAAGCCUGAACCAGCAACCAGCAGCUCUCAAAAGUGGAGAACUGCUCGUCCUUCUCAAAUUACAUGAACAAGGCUGGUGUUCCAGUAGGAUCUCUGUUUAAGGGGAGUCAGUUUUCCUAUUAUUUCACGAGGAAGAGUCUUCUGUCGGCUCCUUAUCCCAGCAGCUCCUCACUUGAAACUGGUCUUGUUUUUAAGGUCCUAUGCACCAGCCUGUGCCUCUCUGUGUGUGCUGGGAUGCCCUUAAAACAAGACCGCCAGGGGUUCCAGCGAGAGCUCUUGUGCCAGUAGAUUAGUCUACCCCAACAGUGGUGCUGGCUGGGAUUGUGAGACUUACACUGUCAGGGAGAGACUGAGUUGGGGAAGGUUGCAUUAAAUGUUUCCAUAUCAAGCAAGCACAACAGUGCAAGAGAAGUGUUUGCACUAGGACAGGGAGGGGAUGUGUGAUGGCAGAAGAGAUGAUGGCGGCAGACUCUGGAGAGCUUCACUCUGGUUUCCAGUUCAAGCCACACUGCCUCUUUGAAGCUGUCCCAUCCCAGCCCUUUCCCUGCCUCCAUUGCUUUCCCAGUUGAGUUUCCCUCCAGGUUUACCGGUGAAGCCGUGCCUUUUGAAUGGCAGCGUGAAGGAAGGCCUGGGCCAAGUAGUUCAGGGCUAGUGGGGAACAGUUUGACUCAUGCUCUCCCACCUUGGUCCCUCACUUCCCCUUCUUCCCCAUGGUGCUGAUCCAUUUCUAUUUCCACUCCAUUGCUUUGGUCUAGUACGUCUCUUCUUCCUUUCCAUUUCUCUGUCUUUCAGUUCCUUUCCCUUCCCUUCAACAUGCCAAACCAAUUUUGGGUCGAGUGCAUUAAACAGAAAAAAAAUAUAUAAUGAAAAUUUUAAAAAUAUUUAAAAAAAUGGAAACUUGUUGAGUUACAAAAAAAAUUAAAAUAAUAAAGGAAAUA